AUGGUACAUCCAUAUUUAAAACAAUUACCCAUAAAUGACACAAAUAGUCCGAACAAACCAAUACUAGAGGCAGUGGCCGCUGGCGAGGAGCUAUUGGCUGUGAUAUCGUUACUGGUAAGCGGGGUUGUGACGGAACCCCAGUCCGGGCCGUACCCUGAGAGUGGCUGGAAGCCCAGUGGACCUGCUUUCGAGAUACCCCAACCUGGCCAGGCUCAGCAACAGCCUGCUGAAUAUUUGCCGCCUGUAGACCCCCGUAAUCCACCCAACAGUCCUCAUGUGGAAUAUGGAGCUCCAAGUAAUUCAGUCAACACGCCUGAUGUGGAAUAUGGCCCUCCUGAAGGUCCAAAUAACCCCAACGCACAACCAAGUUUUCCUGAGGGCCGAGGAAAUUCAGAUGAUAGGGGUAACGUGGGAUUCGGCGUUGGCGUUUCUCCUAGUAUAGGUGUGGGAAUACCACAGGGCCCUGGUAUAGCAGCUAACAAUCCUAACGUAGGAUUUGGCUUUGGCGUUUCCCCUGGCGCAGGAGUGGGAAGACCACAGGGCCCUAGUAUUGCAGCUAACACCCCUAAUGUAGGAUUUGGCUUUGGCGUUUCCCCUGGCGCAGGAGUGGGAAUACCACAGGGCCCUAGUAUUGCAGCUAACACCCCUAAUGUAGGAUUUGGUGUUGGUGUUUCACCUGGCGUAGGAGUGGGAAUACCACAAGGCCCUGGUGUAGGAUUGGGAGUUUCACUAGACACACCUGCAGAUGUCUCCGUCCAGGGUUUACCACCAAAGAAGGAAGAAGCGCCCUUCUUCGCACCCUCUCCGAUCAAUGGACUUCAAAAUGUUGGUUUUGGCUUCAAUGCUGCAAUUAGAAAUUUGAAUCAGAACCUCCAGCAGAACCAGUAUGAACAACAACAACAAAACUACCGUGAAUUUCAAAGACAGAGGCAAUUAGAUGCUUAUAUUGCUGCCAACAGGCUUCGUAGGCCCGAAGCUCCGGUUGUAUUUGCAUCAAGAACCACUCCAGCUGCUACAGAAAUGUCUACACCUGAAGAAACUACUGUAGCUACUACUACAGAAAUCAGUCUGAAUGAAGGCGAGACUCUUGAUGCGCCUAAGAAGAAGGAAAAAGUGACAGUUGAAUUAACUGCUCAAAAAAUACAAGAAUACCCAGGGGAACUGUUUUUAAGCUCACUGGCUCAGUUACAGUUACAACCACAGUUCACGUCCCUUCAGUUUGGUCAGCUUAAAGAUCCCUUAUACGUUCAACCCCUUCAGUCCCAAAAACAGCUGUCAGGUUUUGAUGCACAAACUCAUUUUGCAGCUUUACCUUCGAUUAUAGCGCAACAGAAGCUACAACAACAAAGUCUAUUGAUACCUGGUCAACCUCAAGCUGUUCCAGAACUGCAAGCAUUUAGAAGCUACCAGGAACCUCAAUAUCAAGUUGAACAGGUCCCCCCACAACCACAGGCUUUCUAUCCUCAAGCGAACUUUGAACUACAAUACCAGCCUCAACUACAAAUGCAGACUCAAGAGCAACCUCAGCCUCAAUUCCAGUUACAACCGCUACCACAGUACGCUGCUCAAACUGUUCAAUUUCAGCAACAACCUGCUCAAUUUACACCCCAACCUGUCCAAUUCCAACCUCAACCAGCCCAAUUUCAACCACGGCCUGGUCAAUUCCAACCGCAAGUAGCUCAAUUUCAACCACAGCCUGCUCAAUUUCAACCACAACCUGCUCAAUUUCAGCCCCAGCCUGCCCCAUAUCAGCCUGCUCUAUUACAGCCGCAACCCGAUUACAAAGAUGCUGAAAACAUUGACCAGAGUUCGUAUCAGCCCCAGAUAUACCAACAACAAUUCCUAGUGCCACAGUCUAAUAACCAACCUCAACCUGGUUACGUCCAAGCUCAAAUGAUAAAUUACCCUAGUCAAGACUUUCCGCAGUUCCAAGGUCAAUUUCUACAGCAGCAGAAUCAAUUUCAACAACAAAAUGAGUUCGCAUCUCCCAGUCAAGGUGCUGACGCACUUCAGAGUGGACUAGACAUCAACCAGCAAGGGAACAAUAUAGAUGAACCUCAAGAUCAGGAAGAAGGAAAGGAUGAAGGUACUACUGCUACAGCAGUGGCUACAGCAUUUGGUACAAGGACUCAGCCUCGUGUGAUACCGAAGUAUGGAGCACCUUUUCCUGUACCAAGAGUUCAGGCUGACCCGGAACGUACCACGACAGAAGCUCCUGCUGAGGAAGUGACUGACGAAGGACCUGUUGUCGCCCAUGCAGUUGCUAUUGCUGAUGGAACCAGAAAGAAGAGCGCCAAGCUCAGGAGGAACCGAUUGCGUCCCAUCUUCACAUUGGAUAAAUCUGGUCACCUCGUUUUGGCGCAAGGACAAUAA